AUGGAGGGACUCCAAAUGCCUGUUGUUCAGAAAAGUCCACGACAAGCGAAAAGAGCAUCAAAAUCUGUAACGACAGAGCGACCAAAGGAAUUGACUGAGGUUCGAGAAAAGGAAGAGACAACUACAAGAGAUGUGUCCAUUUUAUUAUACACACUGAAGAGAGUGUUUGAAGAGCAAGCGAUUGAUAAGAUUCAUUACUUCAAGUUCAUCAUUGAUCCGGAGUCAUUCUCACACACUGUGGAGAAUAUAUUCCAUUUUGCAUUUCUCAUUAAGGAGGGUCGGGCUGGUCUAAUUAUAGAAAACGGGGAACCCUACAUUCACUUAAACAUUGGAGGGGGUGAGGCUACAGGAGGCACCAAUCAAGGAAUCAUCUCAAUCAACAUGAAGAUGUGGAAGGACUUGAUUGACAAGUAUGACAUAACUGAAUCAAUGAUCAAGAAGAGACAGUGAAUACCUCUUUCUUUCAUACAUUAACUGCAUGAACUGACACUGAUUGUCUACUGUAA